GAGCGGUGGGCCGAGAUGGCCCCGCCGAGGCGAGUUCGGUGCUCGGGUACGAGAUAUUCAAAGAACACUAUAGGAAGAACACAUUCCACGAAAGAUGAAGCUGGCCAAAAGCACAAGCCUACCGAUGUAUUUGAUUUUCCUAAUAAUUCUGGGAUCUCAAGCAUCAGCAGGCUGGGUGAAAAUGAGAAGGAGGAAGAACCCUAUGAAACCUUUGACCCUCCUUUACACAGCACUGCUAUAUAUGCUGAUGAGGAAGAAUUCUCCAAGCACUGCGGGUCAUCUCUCCCCUCAAGUCCUCAAGGAAAAGAAGCAAAAAGAAGUUCGGACACUUCUGACGUUGAAGCAAGUGAAAACGAGUCUGUAAAAAUUAGUGCAAAAAAGCCAGGAAGAAUACUCAAGCCCAUUAGUGAUGAAUCUGAAAGCACUGAAGAAAGUGAUGUAAGAAGAAAAGUUAAACCAGCAGAGAACAUAAGUACACAACGUGAAGCUGUUUCAGCGACAGCAUCUUCAGAACCUUCAGAGAAACCAGCUGAAUCAGUCACGCUUAAAAAGAAAACACAGAAAAAGAAGAUGUUUCGUGGCAAAAGGAAGAAACCAAGAAGUGAAGCCACAGACUUGGAUACUUCCGACUGUGUACCUAUCUGGUGUUUAGAAGAAAAGAAAACCAGUGACAUCAUGGAGUUAGAUGUCGUUUUGUCUGCAUUUGAGAACAUCCUCCUAGAGUAUAAACAAAAAACAGACUCUAGAAUUUGUAAGGAAGCCAUCAACAAAUUUCAUUCUAAUUUGAAAGAAGAACUCAUCAAAAUGCUUGAAGAAGUCCAGAUGUUGAAAACUCUGAAAAGGAAGAACACUAAGAUGAUCUCAGAUAUCGAAAAGAAAAGGCAACGUUUGAUUGAAGUCCAGGAUGAACUGCUUCGGUUAGAACCAGAGCUGAAACAACUACAAAUAAAGUAUGAUGAACUAAAGGAGAGAAAAGCUUCCCUUAGGAAUGCAGCGUAUUUCUUGUCUAAUUUAAAACACCUUCAUCAAGAUUAUUCAGAUAUUCAAGAGAAAGAACCAAAUGUAAAGGAAACGUAUGAUUCAUCCAGCCUUCCAGCUCUGCUAUUCAAAGCAAGACCCCUUUUGGGAGCUGAAAACCAUCUGCAAAAUAUCAACUAUCAAUUAGAGAAGCUCCUUAACCAGAAAUGGGACCAGUCUACUAAAGUGUGCACAUAUAAAGAGUAG